AUGCGUCACAUGAGCUUGUGGUCCCUGAUGCUUUUCAGGGACGAUGACGAGCACCUACAGAAGUACAGUGAAGAGACAGCCAAAGUUUGCAGUGAUGUUGCCAAUGAGGACCAAGCAGCAAGCAUCCAGUUCAUAAGAGAAUGGAGGGUCACCACCACUUUCAAGAGAGGAACACUGAGCGAGAGAGGAGAUAUUCAGCUGCUGCUGUCCAUCUCGUCCUCGGGUAGCACCCUGCUCCUGAAUCUCUCAAACCGUCUCAAAAUGACGGAAAUUGUAGAGGAAUAUGAAGAAUAUGAAGAAUAUGAGGAGGAGGAGGAGGAGGAGGUUCAGAUUUCAACGACGACUGUCACUGAGCACAAGACUCAGUUCUUACAGUCUGGCUUGCCCACCAGGAAAGUAAGGAAGAAGGUCAAGGUGGAUACUUCCAAGUUCAUGACUCCAUACCUGGCCCAUAGCCAGAAGAUGCUGGAGCAGUUCAGCCACAAUAAGUAUCGCCAGGCUUAUGAAAUGUCCAAAGGGACACCUCCUGCCAUCGUUACUGAUACGCCUGAAAUGAUUCGUAUCAGGAAGGCCCAGGAGCAGCUUAGCGAGGUUAAAUACCGUAUGGAGGGAAACAAAGCUCGGACAACCAGCUUGUACGACGGUGAAGCAAGAGAGAUUGCCCACGUCAAGCAUGUAUCUGAGCUGAUCAGCAAGGUUCUGUACAGACAGAAGUGGGAUGAGACCAAGGACAGGUACCUGCUGCCUCCUGAUGCUCCUGAGCUGGUUCAGGCUGUGAAGAAUGCUGCUAACUACAGCAAAAAACUUUAUACCGAGGUCUGGGAUGAAGAAAAGACCAUGUACUACCCCUACAGUGACAGUCCUGAGCUCCGUAGGGUGGCCAAGGCUCAGGAGGUCCUUAGUGAUGUUCACUAUAAGAAGGGUCACCAUGAGCGCAAGGCCAAGUAUACCUCCUUGCCUGAUCCUCCUGAAAUGGAGCUGGCCAAGAGAGUGUCCCAACAGCGCAGUGAUCUUAAGUACAAGGAAGAUUACAAUAAAAAUGUAAAGGGUCAGUGGUGUGAGACUCCUUACUUCGACGUGGCGACUGCCAGGGUGGCAAUGGAGAACCUCAGCGACAGAAGAUACACGCAACAUUAUGAGGAUUCAAAAGACCAAAUUUAUUUCAUGCAAACAGAAACGCCCACUUAUGAUGCAAACAAGAAGGCUCGUAUUGCCGCUAGUGAGGUCCAAUACAAGAAGGAGUAUGAGAAGAAAAAAGCACAGUCUGACUACAACACGCUCCCCGCCACAGAGAAUCCUCUAUUGAGGCAGCUCAGAUAUGCUGGCACUAUCCUCAGUGAUAAAGUAUAUAAGGCUAGCUAUGAGAAAUCCAGGGGUUUCAGCAUCAACUACUGUGACACGCCCAAGUUUCAGAUGGACUCAGUACUUAAGCAGUUCUCUGAUGCACAUUACAAAGAUAAGUAUGAAAAUGAGGUGAAGGGCCACUACAUUGGAAGCUAUGAGGACCUUUAUAUGCUUCACUGCCAGAAAGUCGAGGAAAUGAAAAAUGAGCAACUAUAUAAAUCUGAUUAUGAAGACAUUAAAACUAGAUGCUUCUUUCCUCAAACAAUUACGCCUGAAUACGAAGCUGUGAAGAAGCUUCAGCGAUGCAACGAUAAAGUUUACCGGCAACAUCCAGACACAGUGAAAUUUAUACAAGUGGUGGAUUCACCAGUUCAAGUUCAAGCCGCCAUCAACGCCAAACAGCUAAGUGACUUAAACUACAAGGCAAAGUACGAGGAAAUAAAAAUGAAGAACAGUCUACCCCCAGACUACCCCUUCUUCAUCCAGUCCAGAGUUAAUGCUUUUAACCUCAGUGAUAACUGCUAUAAGUAUGAUUGGGAGAAAACCAAAGCGAAAAAGUUUGAGAUCAAAGGGGAUACCAUCUCAAUCCUUGCUGCCCGUGCUCACACAAACGCCAUCAGUGAUGUUAAAUAUAAAAAGGAGUAUGAGAAGAACAAGGGAAAGAUGGUUGGAGCCCUCAGUAUUAACGACGAUCCGAAGAUGCUGCACUCUGUCCAUGUGGCCAAAAUCCAGAGUGAUCGUGAAUACAAAAAAGACUAUGAAAAAGUAAAGACCAAGUAUCAUACACCAUUGGAUAUGUUGUCAGUCACCUUGGCUAAGAAAUCCCAGGCAAUUACCAGCAUGGCUGGUUAUAGGAGCAUCAGCACCAACUAUUUCCUUCCACCCGACAGCGUCCUGCUGGAUCUGGCCAAGAAAGCCAACGUUAUCCAGAGUAAUAAUGAGUAUAAGGCUGACUACAACAGCUACACCAAAGGUACUCCAUGGGUCCCAUAUGGCUCAUUGGAAGUGGAAAAGGCUAAGAAAGCUGCAGAGAUCCUCAAUGAGAAAAAAUACAGAACACACCCAGACAAGAUCCCCUUCACAUCUAUCGACGACCACCCCAUCAUGAUGCAGGCCAAAGUCAACCAGCUUCAGAGGAGCGAUCUGUUCUACAAGCGAGGUCUAGAGGAGAUCCAUCAGAAGUACUCUCUGCCCCCGGAUGUCCCAGAGUUCCUUCAGGCCAAGUGCAAUGCCUACAACAUCAGCAAGAAUUACUACAAGUUUGCUUGGCAGGAGCUGAUUGCUAAGGGUUAUGACCUGAAGCCUGAUGCCAUCCCUAUUGUUGCUGCCAAAGCUGCCAGACAUGCUGCCAGUGAUGUCCAGUACAAAAAGGCUUAUGAGAAGGCGAGAGGUCACCAUGUUGGCUUCCGCAGCCUCCAGGAUGAUCCUCUGCUGGUUCACUACAUGGAGGUGGCAAAGUUGCAGAGUGACAAGAACUACAAGAAGGACUACCACAAAGUCAAGCUGAAGUAUCACUCCCCAGUGGACAUGCUCAGUGUGGCUCACGCUAAACAUGCUUCAGCAGUGCAGACCUACGUUGGCUACAAGCAGCACCACCAUAAAUACUUUCUUCUGCCCGAUGCUAUGGGUCUGCAACUUGCUCGCACCAUGAACUACAAUUCCAGCGAUCACAACUAUAAGAUGGAUUAUGAGACCUCAGUCAAGGGUAUUGGCUGGGUUCCAAUUGGUUCUCUGGAGGUUGAAAAAGCCAAAACGGCAGCAGCAGCUCUGAAUGAGAAAAAGUACAGGCAGCACCCUGAUACCAUCAAGUUCACCAGUGCUAGUGACUCCAUAAGCAUGGAGCUGGCUAAGACCAAUGCUAAGAUCAUGAAUGUGAAAGAGUACAAAGCCAGCGGAGAGAAGUUCAUGCACACUUACAAUCUUCCUCCUGAUGCCCCCCAAUUUCUGCAAGCCAGAUACAAUGCUGCCAACAUCAGCCAGAAUUAUUACACUUAUUCUCACCGCCAAGAUCUGCUCAAAGGACAUCACAUGAAAGAGGAUUCCAUUCCCAUCGUAGCAGCCAAAACUUCAAGAAACAUUGCCAGCAAUUACAAGUAUAAGCUGGCCUAUGAGAAAGAAAAGGGCCAUCACGUUGGCUUCCGCAGCCUCCAGGAUGAUCCUCUGCUGGUUCACUAUAUGCAAGUGGCAAAGAUGCAGAGUGACAAGAACUACAAGAAGGACUACCACAAGGCCAAGCUGAAGUAUCACACCCCAGUGGACAUGCUCAGUGUGGCUCAUGCCAAGCAGGCUUCUGCUGUUCAGACAAUGGCUGGAUACAAGAAAAUCCCCCACAGCUUCUUGCUUCUUCCUGACAACAUGCACCUGCAGCUGUGUCGCAACAUGAUGGACAUUCAGAGUGACAAUGUCUACAAGUCAGAUUACAACAACUACUCUAAAGGUAUAGGAUGGGUCCCUAUUGGUUCUCUGGAUGUUGAAAAAGCCAAAACCGCUAAAGCUGCACUGGAUGAAAGAAAUUACCGCCAGCACCCCAGUAAUUUCAGAUAUACAAGCAAGACCGAUGCCAUGAACAUGACUCUGGCUAUGGCCAACACUAAACAGAUGGACAUCACUGCAUACAAAGCUUCUGGAGAGAAGUUCAUGCACACCUACCAUCUGCCAUCUGACUGCCCCGAGUUUCUCCAGGCUAAGUUUAAUGCCCAGACUAUUAGCGAGAGUCAUUACAGGCACAAAUGGGUGGAAGACAUUGCCAAGGGAUAUGACAUGAAGCCUGAUGCUAUUCCCAUCCUGCAUGCCAAGCACGGCAGGCAUAUUGCCAGCAAUGUCCAGUACAAAAAAGAUUAUGAGAAGGCGAGAGGUCACCAUGUUGGCUUCCGCAGCCUCCAGGAUGAUCCUCUGCUGGUUCACUACAUGGAGGUGGCAAAGUUGCAGAGUGACAAGAACUACAAGAAGGACUACCACAAGGCCAAGCUGAAGUAUCACACCCCAGUGGACAUGCUCAGUGUGGCUCAUGCCAAGCAGGCUUCUGCUGUUCAGACAAUGGCUGGAUACAAGAAGAUCCCUCACAGCUACUUGCUUCUCCCUGACAACUUGCAACUGCGGCUGUGUCGAACCAUGAACCUCCAGUCAAGUGAUAAUGAUUACAAAUCUGACUGGAAUAACUUUGUCAAAGGCAUUGGAUGGGUCCCUAUUGGCUCGCUUGCUGUUGAAACUGCCAAGGUUGGCGGUCAGAUUCAGAGUGAAAAGAAGUACCGCACUCAUCCAUCAAAUUUCAAGUUUAGCAAACUCAUGGACUCCAUGGACUUGGCUUUGGCUAGUGCCAACAACCAGAUCAUGAACAAGAAAGCAUACACCGCAGCCUGGGAGAAGGACAAAGUGACCACCCAUGUCAUGCCAGACGCUCCUGAGAUUCUGCUGGCAAAGGCUAAUGCUCUGAACAUGAGCAAUAAACUUUACAAAGCUGGUGUUGUGGAGAUGGCUAAUAAAGGCUACAACCUCAAAGCAGAUGCUAUCCCCAUUCUGGCUGCCAAGGCUGGCACCACCAUUGCCAGCAACUUCAAGUACAAAUUGGCUUAUGAGAAGGCGAGAGGCCACCAUGUUGGCUUCCGCAGCCUCCAGGAUGAUCCUCUGCUGGUUCACUAUAUGCAAGUGGCAAAGUUGCAGAGUGACAAGAACUACAAGAAGGACUACCACAAAGCCAAGCUGAAGUAUCACACCCCAGUGGACAUGCUCAGUGUGGUCCAUGCCAAGCAGGCUUCUGCUGCUCAGACUAUGGCUGGAUACAGACACAUUCAGCACACUAAUGCUCUCCUGCCUGAUGCCAUGAACCUGGAACUUGCUCGUAACAUGCAGCUCAUUGCUAGUGAUAACCAGUACAAGAGUGAGUAUGAGCACUACAUCAAAGGAAUAGGAUGGGUCCCUAUUGGAUCACUUUCAGUUGAGACUGCUAAAGUUGGCGGUCAAAUUCUUAGUGAAAAGAAAUACCGCACUCAUCCAUCCAAUCUCAAGUACAGCAAGCUGAUGGACUCCAUGGACUUGACUCUGGCUACUGCCAACAAUCAGAUCAUGAACAAGAAAGCAUACACUGCAGCAUGGGAAAAGGACAAACUGACUGUUCAUAUUAUGCCAGAUGCUCCUGAGAUUCUCCUUGCAAAGGCUAAUGCCCUCAAUAUGAGCAAUAAACUUUACAAAGCUGGUGUUGUGGAGAUGGCUAAUAAAGGCUACAACCUCAAAGCAGAUGCUAUCCCCAUUCUGGCUGCCAAGGCUGGCACUACCAUUGCCAGCAACUACAAGUACAAAUUGGCUUAUGAGAAGGCGAGAGGUCACCAUGUUGGCUUCCGCAGCCUCCAGGAUGAUCCUCUGCUGGUUCACUACAUGGAGGUGGCAAAGUUGCAGAGUGACAAGAACUACAAGAAGGACUACCACAAGGCCAAGCUGAAGUAUCACACCCCAGUGGACAUGCUCAGUGUGGUCCAUGCCAAGCAGGCUUCUGCUGCUCAGACUAUGGCUGGAUACAGACACAUUCAGCACACUAAUGCUCUCCUGCCUGAUGCCAUGAACCUGGAACUUGCUCGUAACAUGCAGUUUAUUGCCAGUGAUAACCAGUACAAGAGUGAGUAUGAGCACUACAUCAAAGGAAUAGGAUGGGUCCCUAUUGGAUCGCUGGAUGUUGAGAAAGUAAAAUCAGCAGGGAAGGCCCUCAGUGAGAAACUGUACCGUCAGCCUCCUAGCAACUUCAAAUUCACCAAAGAUAUGCACUCUAUGGACUUGACACUGGCCACUACCAACAACCAGAUUAUGGAUAAGCAAUCCUACAUCAAAGCCUGGGAAAAAGACAAGACUUCAAUCCAUGUCAUGCCUGAUGCAAUGGGCAUUGUUCUGGCAAGGGAAAACAGGAAGAACUACAGUGAGAAACUGUACAAGUUGGAUCAUGAACUGUCCAAGAAGAAGGGCCAUAAUCUUCGUAGCGAUGCCAUUGCCGUCCAAGCUGCUAAAGCCUCCACUACAAUUGCUAGUGAUUACAAGUACAAGACAGGAUACCGUAAACAGGUCGGUCACCACAUCGGUGCUCUCAGCAUUCAGGACGACCCUCUGCUCAUGCUGGCUCUGAACUCAGCCAAGAUCGCCAGUGAUGCUCUGUACAAGAAGGACUUCAACAAGUCCAAGACCAAGUUCCACCUGCCAGUGGACAUGAUGGCCUUUGAACUGGCCAAGAAGAACCAGAUUCAAGUCAACCAUUUCAACUACAUCACCCGACUGCACAACUGGACAUGCCUGCCAGACUCCAAUGAUGUGGUCCAGGCCAGACAUGCGUAUAACUUACAAAGUGAUGCUAUGUACAAGGAGGAUCUGAAGAUGCUGCAGGGUAUUGGGUGGGUGCCAAUAGGUUCAUUAGAUGUUGAGAAGGUGAAGAAAGCUGGUGAGAUUCUGAGUGAGAAAAAGUAUCGACAGCACCCGAGCAAAUACGGUUUUAAAAUAUCCACUGAAGACAUGCCUUUAGCACUGGCUAAGUCCAAUGCUCAGGUUAUGAAUAAGAAAGCAUACAUUGACGCCUGGGAGAAUGAGAAGACAAAGAUCCAUGUCAUGCCCGAUUCUAUGGAUGUCCUUCUAGCCAAAGCAAACAACGUUAACUACAGUGUGAAAAAGUACAAGCAAGCAUAUGAAGACGCCAAGAAGAAGGGCUAUGAUCUGCGCAACGAUGCCAUUUCCAUCAUUGCAGCGAGAGCUUCCAGGGACAUUGCCAGUGAUUACAAGUACAAGACAGGAUACCGUAAACAGGUCGGUCACCACAUCGGUGCUCGCAGCAUCCAGGACGACCCUCUGCUCAUGCUGGCUCUGAACUCAGCCAAGAUCGCCAGUGAUGCUCUGUACAAGAAGGACUUCAACAAGUCCAAGACCAGGUUCCACCUGCCAGUGGACAUGCUCAAUCUGGAACUGGCCAAGAAAUGCCAGAUCCAAGUCAACGACUUCAACUACAGAACUCACCUGCACCAGUGGACGUGCCUGCCAGACUCCAAUGAUGUGGUUCAGGCCAGACAUGCAUAUGACCUGCAGAGUGAUGCUGUGUACAAGGAGGAGCUGAAGAUUUUGCAGGGUAUUGGGUGGGUGCCAAUAGGUUCAUUAGAUGUUGAGAAGGUGAAGAAAGCUGGUGAAAUCCUGAGUGAGAAAAAGUAUCGUCAGCACCCGAGCAAAUACGGUUUUAAAAUAUCCACUGAAGACAUGCCUUUAGCACUGGCUAAGGCCAAUGCUCAGGUUAUGAAUAAGAGAGCAUACAUUGAAGCCUGGGAGAACGAGAAGACAAAGAUCCAUGUCAUGCCUGAUGCUAUGGAUGUCCUUCUGGCUAAAGCAAACAAUGUUAACUACAGCGUGAAAAAGUACAAGCAGGCACAUGAAGAUUCCAAGAAGAAGGGCUACGAUAUGCGAAAUGACGCCAUAUCCAUCAUUGCAGCCAGAGCUUCCAGGGACAUUGCCAGUGAUUACAAGUACAAGACAGGAUACCGUAAGCAGGUCGGUCACCACAUCGGUGCUCGCAGCAUCCAGGACGACCCUCUGCUCAUGCUGGCUCUGAACUCAGCCAAGAUCGCCAGUGAUGCUCUGUACAAGAAGGACUUCAACAAGUCCAAGACCAGGUUCCACCUGCCAGUGGACAUGCUCAAUCUGGAACUGGCCAAGAAAUGCCAGAUCCAAGUCAACGACUUCAACUACAGAACUCACCUGCACCAGUGGACGUGCCUGCCAGACUCCAAUGAUGUGGUCCAGGCCAGACAUGCAUAUGACCUGCAGAGCGAUGCUGUUUACAAGGAGGAGCUGAAGAUUUUGCAGGGUAUUGGGUGGGUGCCAAUAGGUUCAUUAGAUGUUGAGAAGGUGAAGAAAGCUGGUGAGAUCCUGAGUGAGAAAAAGUAUCGUCAGCACCCGAGCAAAUACGGUUUUAAAAUAUCCACUGAAGACAUGCCCAUAGCACUGGCUAAGGCCAAUGCUCAGGUUAUGAAUAAGAAAGCAUACAUUGAAGCUUGGGAGAACGAGAAGACAAAGAUCCAUGUCAUGCCUGAUGCUAUGGAUGUCCUUCUGGCUAAAGCAAACAAUGUUAACUACAGUGUGAAAAAGUACAAGCAGGCAUAUGAAGACGCCAAGAAGAAGGGCUAUGAUCUGCGCAACGAUGCCAUUUCCGUCAUUGCAGCGAGAGCUUCCAGGGACAUUGCCAGUGAUUACAAGUACAAGACAGGAUACCGUAAACAGGUCGGUCACCACAUCGGUGCUCGCAGCAUCCAGGACGACCCUCUGCUCAUGCUGGCUCUGAACUCAGCCAAGAUCGCCAGUGAUGCUCUGUACAAGAAGGACUUCAACAAGUCCAAGACCAGGUUCCACCUGCCAGUGGACAUGCUCAAUCUGGAACUGGCCAAGAAAUGCCAGAUCCAAGUCAACGACUUCAACUACAGAACUCACCUGCACCAGUGGACGUGCCUGCCAGACUCCAAUGAUGUGGUCCAGGCCAGACAUGCAUAUGACCUGCAGAGUGAUGCUGUCUACAAAGCUGACCUGAAGUGGCUCCAGGGCCUGGGUUGGGUCCCCAUUGGCUCGCUUGAUGUGGAGAAAGCUAAGAAGGCUGCAGAAGUUUUGAGUGAAAGGAAGUACCGCCAGCAUCCCAGCAAAGUUCCAUUUACCAGCCCAGUAGAUGCCAUAAAUCUUGUGCUGGCAAAGAAUAAUGCCCUAACCAUGAACAAGCGCCUCUACACUGAAGCAUGGGAGAAGGACAAGACCACGCUGCACAUUAAACCUGACACUCCUGAGAUCGUCCUCUCACAACAAAAUGCAAUAACCAUGAGCAAAAAACUAUACAGACAAGGAUAUGAAGAAACUAUCAAGAAAGGCUAUUUCCUCCCUGUGGAUGCAAUCUCUGUAAAGGCUGCUAAGGCCUCCAGGGAAAUCAUCAGUGACUACAAGUACAAGACAGGAUACCGUAAGCAAGUUGGUCACCACAUCGGCGCUCGCAGCAUCCACGACGACCCCCUCGUCAUGCUGGCUCUGAAUUCAGCCAAGAUCGCCAGUGAUGCUCUGUACAAGAAGGACUUCAACAAGUCCAAGACCAAGUUCAACCUGCCAGUGGACAUGCUCAAUCUGGAACUGGCCAAGAAAUGCCAGAUCCAAGUCAACGACUUCAACUACAGAACUCACCUGCACCAGUGGACGUGCCUGCCAGACUCCAAUGAUGUGGUUCAGGCUAGAAAGGCCUACAAUCUCCAGAGUGACGCUGUAUACAAAGCUGACUUGGAUGAGGUUGUUGGUGUUGGAUGGAUCCCCAUUGGAUCACUGGACGUGCUGAAGGCCAAGAACGCUGCAAAAAUUCUCAGCGACCGUCUCUAUAAGCAGAAACCAGACACACUGAAAUAUAAGACAGACAUGACUUCCAUGCCUUUGGUCUUAGCCAAAACAAAUGCUGAUAUCAUGAAUAAGAGAACCUACGUUGCUGCUUGGGAUGCUGAAAAGAUUAAGGUCCAUGUGCCCCCUGACAUCCCUGAGCUGUUGCUUGCCAAAGCUAAUGCUUACAACAUCAGCAAGAAAAUAUACAAGGAAGCCGUUGAGGAUAUUUUCAGAAAGGGCUAUGACCUCAAGCCCAAUGCUGUCUCUGUUGUUGCUGCCAAACAUGCAAGAGAAAUCAUCAGCGAUUAUAAGUACAAGACGGGAUACCGAAAACAGGUCGGUCACCACAUCGGGGCUCUCAGUGUCCAGGAUGACCCUCUAAUCGUGUUGGCUUUGAAUUCAGGCAAGAUCGCCAGUGAUGUUUUGUACAAGAAGGACUUCAACAAGUCCAAGACCAAGUUCCACCUGCCAGUGGACAUGCUCAAUCUGGAACUGGCCAAGAAAUGCCAGAUCCAAGUCAACGACUUCAACUACAGAACUCACCUGCACAACUGGACGUGCCUGCCAGACUCCAAUGAUGUGGUCCAGGCUAGAAAGGCUUAUGACCUGCAGAGUGAUGCUGUGUAUAAGGCUGACAUGGAAUGGAUCAAGGGAAUGGGAUGGGUGCCAAUUGGUUCAGUUGAUGUGGAGAAAGCCAAGAAAGCAGCAGAGAUUCUGAGUGAGAGAAAGUAUCGUCAGCAUCCCAGCAACUUCAAGUUCACUGCUAAUACAGCUGACAUGCCAUAUGCCCUUGCUCAGGCCAAUGCCCAGGUUAUGGACAAGAAAGCCUACAUUGCUGCCUGGGAGAAUGAUAAGACCAACAUUCAUGUAAUGCCUGACACCCCAGAGAUCAUCUUGGCCCAGCAGAAUAAACUCAACACCAGUCUGAAAUUUUACCGUGAAGGCUAUAUGGAAAUGAUCAACAAAGGCUACUACCUUCCCAAGGAUGCAAUCUCUGUUAUAUCAGCCAAGGCUUCCAGAGACAUCAUCAGUGAUUACAAAUACAAGGCUGGUUUCCGCAAGCAGUGUGGCCAUCACAUCGGUGCUCUCAGUGUGAAAGAUGAUCCACUAAUUAUGCUGGCCGCUAAUGCAGCGAAGAUUGCCAGCGACAAUGUCUAUAAGAAAGACUUUAACAAGACCAAGACCAAGUUCCACCUCCCAGUAGACAUGCUGACAGUUGAACUGGCCAAGAAAUGCCAGCAGCAAGUGAACGACUUCAACUACAGAACUUACUUGCACCAGUGGACGUGCCUGCCAGACUCCAAUGAUGUUGUGCAGGCUAGAAAAGUCUACGAUUUGCAGAGUGAUGCUGUGUACAAAGCUGAUCUGGAGUGGCUCAGGGGAUGCGGCUGGUCACCUCAGGACUGUAUAGAUGUCAUCAAAGUGAAGCAUGCCCAGACUGUCCUCAAUGAAAGGCUCUACCGCCAACACCCAAGUACGGUCAAGUUCACCAGUGUCGUUGACCUCCCAGCUAUUGUCUUGUCCAAGCAAAAUGCUGAAAACCUCAGUGAUAGGAAAUAUAGGGAAGUCUGGGAUAAAGACAAGCUCACCAUUCAUGUGCCACCCAACACCCCCACCUUUGAACUCGCCAAGGCCAAUGCUGUUAAUAUCAGCAAUAAAUUGUACACAAAGGCAUGGGAUGACCAGAAAGCAGGAGCCUACCAUAUCAAGGAGGAUGCUAUCUCUGUGCUAAAGGCUAAAGCUUCCAGAGAUAUUAGCAGUGAUUACAAGUACAAGACAGGAUAUCGUAGGCAAGUUGGUCACCACAUCGGCGCUCGCAGCAUCCACGACGACCCCCUCAUCAUGCUGGCUCUGAACUCAGGCAAGAUCGCCAGUGAUGUUCUGUACAAGAAGGACUUCAACAAGUCCAAGACCAAGUUCAACCUGCCAGUGGACAUGCUCAAUCUGGAACUGGCCAAGAAAUGCCAGAUCCAAGUCAACGACUUCAACUACAGAACUCACCUGCACCAGUGGACGUGCCUGCCAGACUCCAAUGAUGUGGUUCAGGCUAGAAAGGCCUACGAUCUCCAGAGUGACGCUGUUUACAAAGCUGAUAUGGAGUGGAUACGUGGAUGUGGAUGGAUGCCACAUGAGUCCGUAGAGGUGUUGAAGGUGAAGCAUGCGCAGAAGAUCCUGGCUGAUAGAGGCUAUCGGAUCAAGUUGGAUGAACAGCAAUUCAUGGUUCCAGCUGACAGAAUUGACUUAGUCCGUGCCAGGAAUGCUGCUGAAGUCCUGAAUGAGGCUAAAUAUCGUGAGGCCUGGCACCAGGACAAGACCAAGUACUCAUUGGUGGACACACCAACUCUUGCCACAGCCAGAGAAGUGGCGAAGAAUGUUCACCCGAAACUGUACACCAAAGAUUGGGAUAAGGUCAAAGCUACAGGAUACUUCAUGCCUCCAGAUGCUGUACCAAUCAAGCAGUGCAUCCAGACAACUAAAGUGCAAAGCAAACAUAAAUACCUGGAGGGAUACCGUAAACAGGUCGGUCACCACAUUGGUGCUCUCAGCGUCCAAGACGACCCUCUACUCAUGCUGGCUCUGAACUCAGCCAAGAUCGCCAGCGAUGCUCUGUACAAGAAGGACUUCAACAAGUCCAAGACAAAGUUCAACCUGCCAGUGGACAUGCUGCAGUUUGAACUGGCUAAGAAAUGCCAGAUUCAGGUCAAUGAUGACAACUACAGAACUCGCCUGCACCAGUGGACGUGCCUGCCAGACCAGAACGAUGUUAUCCAGGCUCGCAAAGCCUAUGAUCUGCAAAGCGAUCACGUCUAUAAGUCAGAUCUGGAAUGGCUCCGAGGCUGUGGCUGGGUAGCAGCUGACUCUGUUGAACAUGUGAAGGUCAAGAAGGCGCAGGAGAUUCUCAAUGAUAGACUUUACAAGAAGAAUGCCCAAGAAGGUUUUGGAAGAUUCACCCUGGUUGUGGACCGGCCAGAGAUAGUUUUGGCAAAGAUUAAUGCAGCCAACCUGAGUGAUCUGAAGUACAAAGAGACUUUCAAUGCAGAAAAGGGUCAUUAUAUUGGCUCAGAUGAUACUCCUCAACUGGCCCAUAGCAGGGAGGUGGCUAAGAUCAUCAGUGAGAAACUCUACAAAUCAAACUGGGACGAGUCUAAGGCUACAAGCUACCAGCUGAACCAUGAAUACAUCCCACUGGUCAUCUCCAAGAAGAGCAGGGAGAUUGCUAGUGAUGUCAAGUACAAGGAUACCCACGAAAAGGCCAAAGGUCACUACAUGGCUGGAACCCUGGUGGACUUCCCUGAAGUGAUGCGCUGUGGACAGCAGGAAAAGAACAAGGCACUGAGGGUCUACCAGAAGGACUACCAUCAAACCAAGACCAAAAUCCACAUCCCAUCUGACAUCAUCGCUAACCAGGUAGCUAAGCGGUGCCAGGACAUGCUGAGUGAUGUUCUCUACCGCACCUACCUGCACCAGUGGACUUGCCACCCCGAUCAGGAGGACGCCAUCCGUGCCCGCAAGACCAACGAAAUCCUCAGUGAUGUGUUCUAUAAGGAUGACCUGAACUGGAUGAAGGGUAUUGGUUGCUAUGUUUGGGACACACCAGAGAUUCUUCGUGCCAAGAAGUCCUAUGACCUGCAAAGUGAUCUUAAAUACAGAGAGAACGCCAAGAAGGAGUUCAACAAUUACUCCAUUGUGACAGACACCCCGUCUUAUGUGACUGCUGUCCUGGGCCACACCUGGGCUAGUGAGCUCAACUACAGAGAGGCGUAUCAAAAGGAGAAGCACGUCUACACCACGGUUCUGGAUACCCACGAUUACGUCAGAUGCCAAAACUUCAAAUACAUUUUCAGCAACAAAAACUACACUUCUGCCUGGGACAAAAUCAAAGCGAAGAGUUACCAGAUUCCACAUGACGCAAACGCUUUGCAGCACGCUAAGCAGCAGAAGAUUAUUCUCAGCAAUGUGAAGUACAAGGAGGACUACGAGAAGUUCAAAUCUCUCUACAGCCUGCCCAAGUCACUGGAGGACGAUCCUGGAACUGCUCGUUGCGUCAAAGCUGGAAAACUCGUCCUAGAUCGUCUGUACAAGGAGAACUAUGAGAAAACCAAGGCCAAGAACCACAUCCCCCCAGACAUGUUGGAUAUCCUGUCUGCCCGCAGUACCCAGAAUGCCGUCAGCGAGAUCAACUACCGCAAGUAUCUGCACCAGUGGAUUUGCAUGCCUGACAUGCAGGUGUACGUGCAGGCACGCAAAGUCAAUGAACAGCUCAGCGACAUCUUCUACAAGGAUGAUCUGAACUGGCUCAAAGGUAUUGGUUGCUAUGCCUGGGACACACCAGAGAUCCUCCGCGUCAAGCACGCUGGUAAUCUUCAGAGUGAGAACAAGUACAGAGUCAAAGGCAAAGAUGCUUUCAAAGAAUAUUCAGUGGUGACGGAGACUCCAGUGUACGAGACCGCCAAGCAGAACGCUCAGAACCUGAGUGACCUGCACUACCGCUAUGAUUACAACGCCAAUAUCAAGGGCACCAACACCGCUCCUGCUGUUACCAUUGAAACAGAAAGAGCCCGUCUGGCCAACUACAUCCAGAGUGAUAACUGGUACAAAGAAGCUAACAAGAGCUUCAUGCCAACUGGUUAUUCACUGCCUCAUGACACCCCCCUCAUCAAGCAGGCUAAGUUGAACACUGUUGUCUCCAGCAAUGUGAAAUACAAGGAGGCCUAUGAGAUGGUGAAGGCUAAAGGCUACACUCUUCACCCAGAGGGUGUCAACUUUGUCACUGCAAGGAAGGCUAACAAGAUCAUCAAUGAACGUCUGUAUCGUGAGACUUACCACAAGCAAAAGGACAAGAUCCACACAACCUACGACACUCCUGAUAUUAAACAAGUCAAGAUGAACCAGGAGCACCUCAGUGACUUGCGCUACAAAGAGAAAUACUACAACAGCAGAGGCCAGCUGAUAUCGUUGCCCAUAACGCCUGAGCUCAUGCACUACCACCACGUCAAUGAGAUCACCAGUGAUCUGAAAUACAAAGAGGACCUGAUGUGGCUGAGAGGCAUUGGCUGCUUCUUGUAUAACACACCAGAGAUGGUCCGUGUCCGCGACGUCACCAAAUUCAGGGUGAACUAUCCAGUGGAGGCUAAGAAGAACCUUGCUAAAUUCUCUGUGGUCCUGGACACGCCUGAGUAUAAGCGUGUGACUGAGCUGAAGACGCACAUGAGCAACCUGAUCUACAAAGCUCAGAGCAAGGAGGACAUGGCCAAAGUCACCACAACUGCAGACUCUGUGGACAUUCGGAGAGUCAAGUGGGCCCAGCAGCUGACUAACCAGUACCAGUACGUAGAUCUGGCUGCCAAACAAAGAGCUCAUUUCACUCCAGAAAUCAAUACUCCAAAUAUGGGCCAUGCUAGAAAAAUGAAAGUGGUCUACAGUGAUAACAAAUACAAAGAACAGUAUGAGAAGAUGAAACACCGGUACACUGCCAUUGCUGACACACCUCUCCUGAUCCGUGCCAAGAAGUCCUACCUGCAGUCCAGUGAUCUGCGCUACAAAGAAACCUUUGAGCUUUCCAAGGGACACUACCGCACAGUCAAGGAUGCUCUGGACAUCACUUACCAUCGCAGGGUCACUGAUGACAUUAGCGAGGUUAAAUACAGAGAGAAGUACAUCAGCUCUCUGGGGACCUGGAAGUCCAUCCCCGAUCGUCCCGAAUUCUUCUUCAGCAAGAUUGUCAGCGGUAACGUUAGUGACGUCAAGUAUAAGGAGGACCUGGAUUGGCUGAGGGGUAUUGGCUGCUUUGUAUGGGACACACCUGAGCUGGUGCAGGCUGAGAGGAACAAGGCGCUGUACAGUGAGAGACUGUACAAAGCCUCCUUUGAGAAGAACAGAGGCAACUUCAAGUAUACCAGCGACACUCCAUUCUUCCAAGCCGCGAAGCAAGCCUCCGUUCUCAUAAACGAUAAAAUGUAUAAAUCCAGAGCAAAGGAUCUACUAAAGGGUGGCUGCAAUGAGCUACUCCGCCCUGACAUCCUCACAGCCCUUUACCAGACCACUAUGGGCAGUAAGUGGAGGUAUAGAGAGCAGUAUGAACGUGCCAAGGACAAGUUCACCUCUGUUCUGGAGACUCCUGAGUAUGAGGCCCACAAACGCAGCAAGAAGAUCAGUGAUAUCAUCUACAAGAUGGAGUAUAACAAGACCAAGGCAAAGGCUUAUACCUUACCUUAUGACACUCCACACCAACAACACAUGAAGAAGGUCAAGGAGAUCACCAGCAAUCUGAAGUACAAAGAGGUGUAUGAAAAGAGCAAGGCCCACAUCAACAUGGACCCCGAAGCUCACGAGAUCCGUGCCGCUAAGGAGGCCUACAAGAACAUCAGCAAUCUUGACUACAAGAAGAAGUAUGAAGCAACCAAGAACCAGUGGAUCUGGACAGCGGACAGGCCCGACUUUGUCAAUGCUGCCAAGAACUCCUUGCAGCAGAGUGAUGUUGAGUACAAGUACGACAAAGAGAUCCUGAAGGGCUGCGUGAUACCUGUGGUUGAUGACAAGUUAACCUUACUGUGCAUGAAGAAUGCUGAAAUGGCCAGUGAGGUGAAAUAUAAACAGAAGUAUGAGAAGGAAAAGGGACACUACAUGCCUGUCCUGGACACUCCUCAAAUUCUCCAUGCCAAGGCUGUGCGUGUUCUGGCCUCAGAGAGCAAAUACAAGGAGGCCAGUAAGAAGGAAAUGCAGUCCGGCUCAUUCACCACCCUGUCCGACACUCGUGAUACUGCCCACAGCAGGACAGUCAACAAACUUGUCAGCGGGAAAGUGUACAAAGAAAAGUUUGAGAAGGAAAAGGGCAAGUCCAUAUAUAACCACAUGAUUGUGCCACCUGAUGUUCAGCAUGCCAUGGACGUGGCCAAAAAUCAGAGCAAUGUGGCCUACAAGAAAGAUGCCAAAGCCAGCCUGCACUACACUACUGUAGUCGACCGUCCUGACAUAAAGAAGGCUACCCAGGCUGCUAAACUCAUCAGUCAGAUUGGCUACCGUGAGAAAGCACGUGAAGAGGCCAGCCGUGGAGGCUCUCUAGCCCACCGCCCAGAUAUCGCUUUGGCAACUGAGGUGUCCAAGCUGACAAGCCAGGUGGAGGAUAAGCCCUCCCUCCAUGGAGCAGCUUCCUAUGAUACCCCCCUGAUGCGCCACAUUAAGAAAAUGAGUGCGGUGACUAGUGAUGUGAAGUACAAGGAGAAGUUUGAUAAGGAGAUGAAAGGAAAGAAACCUCAAUAUGACCUGAAGGAAAGUAAGAUUUACAAGACUCUCAAGGAAGCCAAUGUGCUGGCCAGUGAGGUGAAGUACAAGGGUGACCUGAAGAAGAUCCACAAACCUGUGACCGACAUGGCCGAGUCCCUGUCCAUGAAGCACAUCACGAGCACCAGCAAGCUGUCCAGCGACUACUGCUACAAGAAGAAAUUUGAGGAGAGUAAGGGUCACUACCACAUGAUUCCUGACACACCAGAACAGCUCCAUCACAAGGAGGCUUCUGAACUUCAAAGUAACGUGAAAUACAAGGAGAAGUAUGAGAAGGAGAAGGGCAAACCCAUGCUGGACUUUGAGACACCCACAUAUGUGACUGCUAAGGAGGCUCAGCACAUGCAGAGUCAGAAAGACUAUAAGAAGGACUUUGAGGAGUACAUGAGGGGAAAGAACCUCUCAGGCUUGGAGGUCACCCCUGCCAUGAUUCAUGUCAGACACGCCACCAAAAUAGCCAGUGAGAAAGAGUACAGGAAGGAUCUAGAGGAGGGGGUGAAGGGUAAAGGUCUAACUGUACUGGAGGAAACUCCGGAGCUUUUGAGAGCAAGAAAUGCCACUCAAAUCCUGUGUGAGAGAGAGUACAAAAAGUCUCUGGAGCAGGAGAUCAAGGGCAAGGGAAUGCUGGCUUUGGCUACAGACACCCCAGACUUUAUGAGAGCCAAGAAUGCCACGGAGAUCCUCAGUCAGUCUAAGUACAAGCAGACCGCUGAGAUGGACAGAGCUAGCUACACAACUGUCAUCGAUACCCCUGACAUCAUCCAUGCUCAGCAGAUGAAGAACAUCGUCAGCCAGAAAAAAUACAAAGAGGAGGCUGAGAAGACCAUGUCUCACUAUGUACCAGUCCUGGAUACUCCAGAGAUGCAGCGAGUCCGCGAGAACCAAAAGAACUUCAGCACUCUUCAAUACCAGACUGACCUUAAAAACAUAAAGGGCAAAGUGUCUACUGUAAAGGACACUCCUGAAAUGCUCCGUGUUAAAGAGAAUACAAAGAAUUUCAGCUUGAUUAAGUACAAAGAGGAUUUGGGAGGAGGAACAGCUUUGCCCGAGACCCCUGAGAUGGAGAGGGUUAAACGCAACCAGCGCAACGUUAGCACGAUUAAGUACAAAGAGGAUUUGGGAGGAGGAACAGCUUUGCCCGAGACCCCUGAGAUGGAGAGGGUUAAACGCAACCAGCGCAACGUUAGCACGAUUAAGUACAAAGAGGAUUUGGGAGGAGGAACAGCUUUGCCCGAGACCCCUGAGAUGGAGAGGGUUAAACGCAACCAGCGCAACGUUAGCACGAUACAGUACAAGGACUCUGUGGGUCAAGGCACAGCCAUACAGGAUCUGCCUGAGGUGAAGCGGGUCCGAGAAACCCAGAAGAAUAUCAGCCUGCAUCAAUACAAAGAAGGCGUGGGACGAGGCACAUCAAUAUCAGAGACACCAGAAAUGGAGAGAGUUAAACGCAAUCAGCAAAAUAUUAGCACGAUAAAAUACAAGGACUCUCUGGGUCGAGGAACAGCUAUACCGGAUCUCCCUGAAGUGAAGCGAGUCAAAGAAACCCAGAAGCACAUCAGCUCGGUGUUGUAUAAAGACAGUUCAGCCAAGGGAACUCCUGUGGUGUUUACUCCAGAGAUGGAGCGGGUGAAAAGGAACCAAGAAAACAUUAGCUCGGUUCUGUACUCUGACAGCUUCCGCAAGCAGGUCCAGGGCAAAGCCGCCUUCGUUCUGGACACACCUGAGAUGAGGCGCGUCAGGGAGACUCAGCGUAUCAUUUCUGGGGUGAGAUACCACGAGGACUUUGAGAAGAGCAAGGGCAGCUUCACUCCCACCACCACUGAUCUUGUGACAGAGCGCGUGAAGAGGAACACGCAGGACUUCAGCGACAUCAGCUACCGUGGCAUCCAGAGGCGCGUGGUGGAGAUGGAGAGGAGACGUGCCAUAGAGCACGACCAGGAGACCAUCACUGAUCUGCGUGUGUGGCGCACAAACCCCGGCUCUGUGUUUGACUACGACCCCGCUGAGGACAACAUCCAGUCCAGGAGUCUGCACAUGAUGUCAGUACAAGCUCAGCGUCGCAGCAAAGAGCACUCCCGCUCCACCAGCGCUUUGAGCGGCGUGGCUGAUGAGAAGUCUGAGGUGUCCCAGGAUGCUGACCACCACCUGUCCCUCUACAGCAAUGGCUUCAUGACCUCCUCUAUUGGCUACCAGCAUGCUACUGUGAAGACCGUGGAGCUGCAGCAGAGGUCAUCUUCAGUGGCCACCCAGCAGACCACAGUCUCUUCCAUUCCCUCACACCCCUCUACUACCGGGAAAACCGUGCGUGCCAUGUAUGACUACACCGCAGCCGACAGUGACGAGGUGUCCUUCAAGGACGGCGACGUCAUCGUCAACGUGCAGUCCAUCGACGAAGGCUGGAUGUACGGUACUGUUCAGCGUACCGGCAAGACCGGCAUGCUGCCAGCCAACUACGUUGAAGCAAUCUAAAGACAGAGCCCGCCCACGGUCCCUCCGUAGUGGGCGAGAUGCAUCCACAGGGCAAACUCAUCAGUCUUCUUGUGAUCACAACUGUGGCUUAGUGCAAUGUGUAGCUUGUAGUGUCUGUACUUGUGUUUUACUUGUAUUGUGAUUCUCGUGGAGUCUGUCAUCAUUAAUAUGCUGCUGCCCCCGCUCCCUGUGGAUGUGAUAUUAGCUUCAUGCCAUGACCCAUAUAAAUAGAUCUGAUUAUACAUAAUGUGCCUACUACGAAUGACAACGUGUGUUAGAUUGUUUUAACUAUUCUGUUCCUGUCCUGGAAAAGCGAGGCUAACACACAAACUGGCCCUUUGAUUUUGUACAUUUCAAACAUUUCAUUUACGUUAUUUAUCAUAUUUUUGUCCAACGUAUUUUCUCUGAAACACAAUGGGCUCGAAAAGUUUCAUGUAACCCUUUUAAUGGAGAGUCCAUGUAGAGAAAAUAUGAACGUUAGAAAGGAGUAAGUCACCAUCUACCUCCUCCAUGAUGAAAUCAUGAGAAGCUCUAUGCGCCAAGCCUCAGUUUUCCCUCCUUUAUAACGAAGGCUGGCCACUAGUAAAAUGUGUGUUUUGUUUCUCCCGAUUAUUUAGGUCCUGGCUAAAGCACGUCCUCUACCUUCAAUCAGUAGCUAAUAAAGCACACCAAG